AAUUCAUUUCCUCCAUUUGUUUUCUAAUCUCUUGAUCUCUCCCCAGCUCCAAUAUUUUAGACAAUGGGUUUGUCCUUUCCUCUCAUCAUCUUGAUCGUGCGCUUUCUUGUUUCAUUGAUGAUGUUUUAUCUUAUACUUUCUACCUCUUCUUCUGGUGUGGAACCGUUGUGCCAUGAUGAUGAGAGAUUUUCCUUGUUGCAAUUCAAGGAAAGCUUCAUCAUCAAUCAGUUUGCAUCUAAUGAUCCUUUUGCUUAUCCGAAGGUUUCAUCGUGGAAGCCUAAUCAAAUCAGUGACUGCUGCAAGUGGGACGGUGUAGAGUGCAAUAAGGACACUGGUCAUGUCAUAGGCCUCAAUCUCAAUAGCAGCUGUCUUAAAGGUUUUCUCAACUCCAACAGCAGCCUCUUCCGCCUUGCUCUCCUCGAGAGCCUAAAUCUAGCCGACAAUCACUUUAAAUCUUCUCCAAUCCCAACUAGUUUUAGGCAGCUUUCAAGGCUAACAAAUCUCAACCUCUCUGCCUCUAACUUUUCUGGCCAAAUCCCUUCAGAAAUCUUUGAGCUCUCCAAGUUAGUUUCCCUAGAUCUCUCAUAUAAUCAUCCGUUGUUGAAGCUCCAAAAAUCUGGCCUAACAGUUAUAGCUCAAAACCUCACAAACUUGGAAGUACUAUCUCUUACACAGGUUGACAUAUCAUCCAACGUUCCCAAUAUCUUGGCAAACUUAUCUUCUUUAACUGUUCUAUCCCUAAGCAAGUGUGACUUGCAUGGUGAGUUUCCCAUGGGAAUUUUCCAUCUUCCUAAGCUUCAACGUCUUAAUAUACAGUAUAAUGAAAACCUCACGGGACUUGUCCCAGAAUUUCACAGAACCAGCCCCCUUGUAUCAUUGAGACUUGGAUUCACAAACUUCUAUGGUGAGUUACCAGAUUCGAUUGGUCACCUCAAGUCCUUGAUUAGGUUUGAUGCCUUUUUUAGCAAUUUCUCAGGAGAAAUACCAUCUUCACUAGGUAACCUUACCAAUCUAAUUGUUUUACAACUUCAAUCAAAUAGCUUCCACGGUUCAGUUCCACAGUCAAUAUCAAGGCUUGUAAAUCUUGAAAUUUUGUGUCUCCAUUAUAACUAUUUGAGUGGCAGGGUGGAGUUUGAGUUGUUUCUGAGACUCAAAUACCUCUCCGUUCUCGAUCUAUCUGAUAAUAACAAUAUUUCAUUGCUUACAAAGCCUAGUACCAACUCAACUGUUGCAAAAUUUAGGAGUUUAGGUCUUGGUUAUUGUGACUUGGAUGAGUUCCCAGAUUUUCUGAGGAACCAAGAUCAGUUGGAGCUGUUACAUCUUAGUGGAAACGAAAUUCAUGGCCAAGUUCCAAAAUGGAUGGGGAACGUAAGUAUAGAAACUCUCUUGGGUUUAGCUCUGGAAGACAAUUUUCUCACCAGUUUCAACCAACUUCCGGUUGUACUCCCCUACGUUAAUCUAAAGGAACUGCGGCUUGAUUAUAACAUGAUUCAAGGGUCAGUGCCAAUCCCACCUCCUUCCAUUGCUUUCUAUACGGUCUCAAACAACAGACUGACCGGAGAAAUUCCACAUUUGAUUUGCAAUCUAAGCUCAAUUACUGAGCUCGAUUUGUCAAGCAACAACUUGGGUGGCCUUCUUCCUCAAUGUUUAGGCAACUUGAGUGAUUCUCUCACAAUUAUGGAUCUACACAACAAUAGCUUUCAUGGAACCAUUCCUCAGACCUUUGGUGAGGGAAAACAUUUGAGAAUGAUUAAUUUUAGCCAAAAUCAAUUACAGGGACAUCUACCGAGAUCAUUGGCCAAUUGUUCCAUGCUUGAAGCUAUUAAUCUUGGUAACAAUCAGAUACAUGAUAUUUUUCCUUCCUGGUUGGGCAUUCUUCCAGAGUUGAGGAUUCUCAUUUUGAGAUCUAAUGAACUCUAUGGUACAAUAGGAAGUUCUGAUGGCAAUUUCAAUUUCCCAAAAUUGCACAUCAUUGACCUCUCAAAUAAUGAUCUUACUGGCAAGUUGCCCUCUGAACAAUUCCGAAAUUGGAAAGCCAUGCAAAUUGUCGAGGACGAGCAAUUAAAGUACAUGGAGGAACCAAAAGCUCUACAGAUGUCUCGAGGUUAUUAUGUUGUAGAUAUCUACACUUUAUCAAUGACAAUGACGAACAAAGGCAUGGAGAUGGUAUAUGGAAAAGUCUCAAAUUUGUUCAUAGCUAUUGAUCUCUCGAGAAACAGAUUUGAAGGAGAAAUUCCAGAAGUGGUGGGGCAUCUAAAAGAACUUAAUUUGCUCAACCUUUCCCACAACUUUCUCACAGGUCCUAUUCCAUUUACAUUGGCAAACUUGAUAAGGCUAGAGUCAUUGGAUCUAUCUCAAAACAAGCUGUCUGGUGUGAUCCCUCCGCAAUUAAUAGAACUCACUUUCCUUUCACACUUUAAUGUCUCCCAUAAUCGUUUGACAGGACCUAUACCACAAGGGAAACAAUUCAACACAUUCAAUAUCAGUUCGUUUAGUGAGAACCCUGAAUUAUGCGGAAAUCUUUUGUCAAAGAAAUGUGGGAAUCCUGAGGACUCACUGCCUCCAUCUUCAAGCCACAACUCAACAAACAAAAACUCAGAGUUCCCAUUUGAUUUUGGUUGGAAAGUAGUCGUGUUGGGAUACGGAUGUGGAUUCGUGUUUGGAGCUGUGUCUGGGCAAAUCGUGAUCACAAAGAAGUAUGGUUGGUUUAUGAAGACGUUUGCAAUUGGACAGCCACGAAGAAGGGUGCAUUGGAGGGGCCGCAGAAAUUAAGUAUAAUCCUACAUGCAUGUUUCCAUAAUAAAUAAAUAAUUACAUGUACAAUGUCUGUAGUAUGUACUAUUAUUGUAGCUUUACUUUACUUUUUCUGUUUUUUUCCCUCUUUUAGAUGCUAUAGGAGAGAAUCUGUUGUAUUUGCACCCAUGUUCUCAAUAAAACAAGUGUUGUAAAAGAAAAUUAACCAAGGAGAUUUAUGGCAGUGAAAGCAGAGCUGCCCUGCUCUGGUGUAUUUCCGUUCCAAUUUAUAGUAAUCGUUACACUUGAGUUUUGUA